AUGGAUGUUGAAACGAUUGUUGAUGAGGAGGAGGAGGAUGAGAUGGUAGGCGGUGGGUUGAGGAGCGUUAGGUGCAGGGGGAGGAGGAGGAGGGGGACGACACAGGUGCCCCCGCAGGAGGUGGAGGAGGAGGAGGCGCAGGUGGGGCAGCAAAAUGAUACGGAGGAGGAGGUGCAUGUGGCGCAGGAGGAGGAGGAGGAGGAGGCGCAGGAGGACGAGGAGGCGCAACAGACCGCCUCUGGUUGCGGUGCCUCUGGUUCGUCGAGCGUCUACUUGCGAGGUCCCGCCAGUCUCCCUAGGCGACCGAUACCUCGUGAGAGACGCCCUUUGAUUCGACCCGAAGGGGAAAAGUCCUGGACGAUUGUGCAGAGUGCAGGUGCCGCUCACAAACGCUCCGUCAAUGGCAUCCUCGGUCUUCUGUGCAGGGAACACUUUCCUGGCCUGGUUGAGCACGCUGGAGUGACGGAACUGGCCUAUACGUUCGACCACUACGCCGCCGCCCCCGAUGCUGAAGAUCGGGAUGGCAGGGUAUUCAACAACAAGGCGGAGCGGGUGAAACAGGAGUUGUGGAUGUGA